AUAAGGGACAGCAAAAAAUAGAGGGUGAGAGACAAUGAGAAACUCCUGUAAAUUAUAAAAGGAAGCAGGAUACUAUUCAGCAACUGUUCUUUGGGGACAAUCAUUUAACAGAUUGACUUGCUGCUUCUUUGAUUCUCAUGCCUUUAUUCCUCUGUUUUCUGACCAUCUCGACAUUCCCAUCAGAUACAUCAGGAGUUCUCAAGAGGGCUUUUCCGUGCUUGAAAUGAUUUCUAUUGGAUGACACAGUUAUUUUCUACACCUUUUGCUAAACCAUGAAGACUUCAUCUCUUCUGGGAUUUCUUAUUUGGUGCUUCCAUCUCAAACUCCUACAAGCAGCCAAAAUCUUCCAACAACAACAGCAGUUGGCUCCACCCAAAACCAGGACACCCAAAAUGAAUGAGUGGAUGCCUUCAUCUUCAUCUGUUUUGGUUUCAGAUUUCACAUGGGUGCCUACCCUUAAUUCGGAUAAGGCUGAACCUGAGGGAUCAGAGGCAGCAAUGGCCUUCCUGUACUCUGGAGAUGCCCUGAGCCUCUCACAAGUCAACUGUACCCAGAGAUUUGAAAUGAGGGCUUUAGGGAAGGACUCUCGCCCUCUGCCAGCCUUAUAUUCCUAUCUACGCAGUGCUACUGACACCUUGACCCAUGCCACCAAUUUCCUCAAUAUGGUUUUUCAGACUAAUGACAUUCGGGAAUCCAGUGUGAAAGAGGAUGUAGAAUGGUACCAUGCCUUGGUGAGAAGUGUUAUAGAAGGGGAUUCUCAGGUUUACCGAGCCAUAUUGACUUUUGAUGCUCAUCCUUUGUCUUCCAAGCCCCAGAUGAUACUUCAAGCCACGAAGAGGAAUAGUGAGAUCUUACUUCAAGAUCUUUCUGCCUUUUCAGAGAACCUAAGGAAUUUGACUUGGGAAAACGAGUGGUACAAUUUCUUCCGGUUCCAAAGGACUCCACCACUUUAUAAGAGAACUCUUAGCAAUGAUCUGAAGACGCUAGAAACCCCCAAAUGGAGCCAAGGAGAUAGUUAUGUGAUGGAUCGGGGUUAUAUCAAAUGGUCAUCGCCUUUCCUGGAAUGUGAAGAUGGAAAAUUCUUGCCCACCUGGAUGGUUACACUCUCCUCUUCAUUCUACGGCCUCAAGCCUGACCUCAAUCCAGAAUUCAAAGGGGUCAUGAGGCUGGAUGUUAAAAUUCAAAAUGUUGAUAUAAACCAGUGUGCCACUAACGGAGGAUGGUUUGCAAACACACAUCAGUGUGACCUCAACAGCACCCAGUGCAUCCCAGAUGAAAACCAUGGAUUUAUUCUUGGAAAAUAUAGUUGUCUUUGCAAGCCAGGUUUCUAUGGAGGACACAGAACUGCCGCCUCCCAUUUUUCUUCAAUCAGUAAAGGCUGGUCUGGACAAAGUGCUUCCCAGUAUGUAGCAGUGGAUUCUGGGAAUUUGCUGCAAUGCUAUCCCUGUUGGGAAGGAUGCAUGGCCUGUAUUGAUGGCAAACCAUGUCUGAUCCAGGAAGACUGGUCUCUACGGGCUAUUGUUCUUGCUUUCCAGACCUUCUGUAUGCUGACAGUUUUCUUCAACAUGUUAAUUUCUUACCAUUAUAGGAAGAGCAAGGUACGGGCCAUGAGGAUUCGGGCUUCAGGAGUUAUUCUUCUGGAGACAAUACUGUUUGGCUCACUCCUGCUCUAUUUUCCUGUCUUUAUCUUGUACUUCAAACCAAGUAUCUUCCGCUGUAUUGUCCUGCGAUGGGUGCGCAUGCUGGGUUUUGCCAUUGUUUAUGGAACAAUCACUCUUAAACUGUAUAGGAUAUUAAAGGUAUUUCUGUCUCACACGGCUCAGCGAGUUGCUUACAUGACCAGUGGGCGAGUGCUAAAGAAGCUGGCAUUGAUCCUGCUGUUGGUCCUUUGGUUUUUGGCUGCAUGGACAGUGGGGAUGCUGGAGAAUAUUGAGAAAAACAUACCGCUGGUAGUCCGUUCACAGACUCCCAGGGGUCUCCAGUUUUACACCUGUGAUCAAGAUCGAUGGGAUUACAUGAUGGCUGUGGCUGAAAUGCUAUUCUUGUUUUGGGGAAGUUUUCUCUGCUAUACUUCUCGAAGAAUCCCUUCUGCUUUCCAUGAACCUCGCUACAUGUGCAUUGCUGUCCACAAUGAGCUGAUAACUUCCACCGCUUUUCAUGUUGUGAGGUUUUUAAUGGUUCCUUCCUUGCAUCCUGACUGGACACUACUACUAUUUUUCAUUCAUACUCAUGUCACUACCACAAUGACACUUGCACUUAUUUUCAUCCCAAAGUUCCUGUAUGCAGGCUCACCCUUGAGGGAAGAAAUUGCUGCUGAGAUGUAUGAGGAUGAGUUGGACCUUAGGCAUUCAGGAUCCUUCUUGAACAGCAGCAUCACUUCAACGAGGAGCGAGCACAGCCUUGAUCCCGAUGACAUUCGGGAUGAAUUGAAAAAGCUUUAUAUGCAGCUAGAAUUUCACAAGACCAAGAAGAUGACAGCCAACAACCCUCACCUUCAGAAGAAGAGAAGUUCAAAGAGGGCCUUAGGCCACACUCUGAUGAGACGUAUCACCGAGUUACCUGAAUCUAUGUCCCGCCAAUGCAGCAAGAAGGAAAAAGAUGGGUCUAUCAGUGGAAGAAUACAAAGUCAUUCUGGCUCCUAUAAACAAAUAUUCUCGGACUCCAGAAAUUUAAGCAUGAAAUUGAAGGAGGACUUAUCUCCCAAGCACAAAGUGGCCUUCCAAGCAAAAGGUGGGAUUUCACUGAAGAAAUCCCAUAGUACCUAUGAUCACCAGAGAGAUAUUAAGGCAAACAGUGUACUAACCAGACAUGACAGUUGCAAAGAAGCUCCUUUGUUGGACUCACUUAUGAGGAAAAAGCUAGCCAUGAAAGCUUCAGAGAAAUCUGACAAUGACUCUGUUGAUUCAGCCACUCUGGUAUACAAAUCAGCCAGUGCUCACAAUUUGUUAGCAGAUAAGAAAUCUCUGCAUCCCAAGUGUUACACUCUGCAGAAAUCUCUUAAUGUUGCCAGCAGUGAAAAUGAAAAUGCCUCUCUGCUAACUGGCACUGCUAAUUUUGAAAAUACCCAUAAACCUGCCCAAGAAAAAGACACACAUGCAGCAGUGGAAGAUACCAUGACAGAAAGUGAGGAAUCCAGACACACUGAAUUCAGUGAUAUAGUCUCAGAAAUAGAGGGAAAACAGCUGCAGACAGAGAAUACAGCAAAAGGAAUUGAGAGACAUUUUCCCGAAGGCAAAAACAUUAUGUGUUCAUGGGAAGCUGAGACAGACCCAUCAAUACCAUUAGAAAGCAGAAAUAAUAAGAGGGAUGUAACACCUGCUCCCAUCAGGAGCAUCAGCAUCAACAUUUCUGAUUUGCCUGAGAGAAGAGCCCAUGCCAUUAAGAAGAUACCACCUGAACCACCCAUCAGGCAACAAAGUUUGAUUCACAAUCUUGAAAGAAAAUAUGUAGCUCAUUGGGAUAAUUACAAUCAAAAGCAACAUCCUGCUCAGUCUCCUAAAAAAGAACCCCCAAAUAUUCCAGUACUAGACAAUAUAUAUCUAAGAGAAACAGAAGAGGGUUCUCCACUAAAACCUGAAAUGGAAAAGACCAUGCAAGGAGAAGAUAAGGUGCCAUCUUCUUCUCUAGUGGAACUAACCAGGCUAGCAUCCAUUGCUGCAGAAGUUUGCCCUUGGGAGGUUAUGGAAAUGCCCAUUCCAAGCAAGAAAGAUCGAGAGGUGAGUGAUUUGGAUAAUCAAAACAGUUCUCCUGAAAAACAAUUGCAAACCCUCAUUCCCAAAAGCUCCAUAAAGAGCUUAGGUAUGGCCAUUAAAGCAUUCAACCGUUCAAAGAUAAAGAGAAGCAUAAGUUCCAAAAAGAACAGUGAGGACAGUGAAGCCAAAAACGAGAAAGACAUCAGUGGAAAGCCCAAGCUGGCAGAAACAGCUUUAAUCCCUGCCGAAGGAUCAUCAAGACAAGAAGUACCCUCUAGGAGUCCUGGAUAUAGCAGGGCAAAGCCAAUCACCAAACAAGCAACUAUCUGCCCUUGGGAUGAGGAAGAAGAAGCUUCUCCUAGCUCACAGAAAAAUAAUUUAAACAGAAAUCUUGAGUUAUGUCCUUGGGAGAGGAAUCAAGAUGUUGAGGAUAGAGUGAGCAAUCUACCAGCAACAGCUUCCAAAGGUGCUAAGGAGAUCUCCCCUGUCAGAAUGGAAAAGACUAAGAACCAAUGGGGAUCUGUGUGUCCCAGAGAUAGACUAGAAGAUCAAAAUAGAGAGAAUGAAACUCCUGAUCUCUUGUUGUUGGUUUCAGAAACAGACAAGGCUGAUAUUUGUCCCUGGGAAAUCAGGGAACCAAAUUUCAAAAUAGAAGUAAAUCCCUGGGAAAAUAAGGAUCCCUCAACAUCAGAAAGAGAACUUAAAGGGAAUGUAACUGCAGUUUCCAGAGAUGGAAAAAAAGGAACUAGAGAAGAAGCAUUUGUGAAAGGAAGCAAUCAGAAGAGGGAAUCUAUUUGUCCAUGGGAGAACAUAAUUAGUGAAGAUUUAUUGAUCAAGUCUACACCCAAGAUCACUUGUCUUUCCAAAUUCACCUCAGAGAGUUCAGAAAGCCUGGAAAACCGAAAGACAACAGUUUGCCCUUGGGAAGCUGAAGGCACUGGAAUUGCUAAUAAAGCAGAAAUCUGCUCCUGGGAAAUGUUGGGUCCUUCCAAUCAGGAUAUAGAAAGAGCAACCGAAAAGAUUGUAGCCAUUGGAUCUAAGCAUCCAGAAAAGGCAUGUAGCUCACAAGAGACAAGUGAUCUUUGUGAAAAUCUGAAUACUGAUGAACUGUCACCUGAGUCAAAUGUUAAAUGCCUAAGUUCCCCCAAAUCUGGCAGUGCAGAGAACCUAUUGGCAGAAGUAUGUCCUUGGGAAAGUGUGGAUAGUCAUAACAUUAUUUUACAGAAAGAAACAAGCCCUUUUAAAACAUUAGAAAAGGUAAGCAAAUUCCAGGAAGCUGUCUGCCCAUGGGAGAGUGUUGAUCCCAGCAUACCUUCCAAAAUCCCUUCAAAGAAAUUUGAUAGCACAGAGAACAUAAAGGCAGAAGUCUGUCCUUGGGAAGUGACUAAAGAAAAUGCCUCCAAAGCAGAUGAGGACUGCAAAAGUACUUCCCCAGUGAGUUUGUCCAAAGCAAUUGCAAAUCUAAGCAAUUUACAGGAAGAUGUCUGUCCAUGGGACAGCAAAGAGCUUCAGCAACUUUUGCCAAGAUCUCGUGACCAAAGUCUGGCUCCGUACAUUAGUGACUUAAAGAAAUCUGAUAGUAUUACAAGUUUAAGGAUAGAUGUUUGUCCAUGGGAAACCUCGGAAGAAGUGAAAAUAUCUCCAUGGACUGAAGCCAUGCGCUCAUUAAAAAUAAAAAAGCAAGUCUCAGCUGUGCUUUGCAAAGAGAAAGAAGGUAAUGCACUUAAAAGUUCAAACUCCAAUAAAGCUUGGAGAAAAGAAGCAUUUAAAAAAAUAAAGAUGUCAAGAAGUAAUCAAGGAUCUAUUUUUUCCUCAGGAACUAUGACCAUUGAUGAACCAACUACAAAAAGCACCCAAAGCCCACAUCCAUUGCAAGUUAGUUCUAAAAAUACUGGAAGUGUUGAGAGUGUAAAGGCAGAGAUUUGUCCAUGGGAUUUCCAGGAGCUUCAGACAGAUGCUAAGUUUGUAGGACCAGCAGAAGAAAGUUCUUUUAGAAAAGAGUCAGACCAGGUUUCCAAUGAUAAAACAGAUACCAAACCUUUAAUAAGGCAGAUUAAGAGACAAGAGGAAGUAAGCAGCCCACAAGAAUCUAUUUGUCCUUGGGAGAGCAUGGCACAAAUAAGCAGCCAAAGGCCAACAUUGCUCAAAGAUAGUUCAACGAAAUCAGAGAAUAUUGAAAGAGCAGAAAUAUGUCCUUGGGAAGUUGAGGAUGUGGAAUCCAGUGGGAAGACUGAACUAUGCCUCAUGAAAACAGCACCUAAAUCUAGCAAUAAUAGAAUAUUAAGACAAGGUAUCAGUGAAGUUUCAAAAGACAAAACGCUGACAAGCCCAAGCUUAAAGAAAGUCUGGGUAGAUAUGUCAGCUAAAAUAUUCAAGUCAUAUAGCCAGCAAGCUUUAAUUUCUUCCCAGAAAAAUAUUGGCAUACUCUCAUUAACACCCAGCAGUAAAAGUUUAGACCUAUCCAUAAAACCUAACAAUGCUAAAAGCCUAAAAACAGAAUUUUGGGAAAUGCAGGAAGCUGGAGCUAUUAUGAAAGCUGAAGUAUGUAAAACUGAUUCAAGAAGCUCUGUUAAAACACCAGAACCUCUGGAAAAAAGUAGCAAUUCUCUACAGUCUGAUUUCCAAUGGAAGAGCAUAAAUGCUGCAGAUAUUAUGGAAAUCAGCACUUCUUCAAAGACGUUUGAUGGUACAGAAAAUAUGAUGACCUCCCUUCAAGAAGCCAAUCAGUCAUUCAAUAAGAAAGAGAUUUGUCCAUGGGAAGAAGAAACAGAGGUAUCAGCAAACACUGGGGAAAUAACCCAGAGUGUGCAGCAGGGUUUGGCUGGGCACAUGUCUUUGAGUCACAGUCUUCCAAAGGCACAGUCAGAAGAUAUAAACAAAAUCCUUUCAUCAGAAAGCAGAGAAGACAUUUUCAUAGACAAUGCCUUCCCUUGGGAAGCAUACAAAGGUUCUACACUGACUAGAAAAGACUCUGCAAAAACCCAUGAAAAAGGCUCAGAAGCCUGCUUAGGAGAGGCAGAAGAAGUCAGUUCCAUGCCUGCUGUGAUAGCCCAAAGCAAAACAGAGCAGAAACCAAAGGCUCAGGAAGCAGAAGAUCCUAGCAAAGUCAUGUCAAGUAUUUGUCCUUGAGAUUACAAUUGAAUGGGCAAAACUAAGAACCUGUUUGGAUGCUUCGAUAAAAACUUUUUCUUGGAUGCAAAAUGGUUUAAAAUAAACCCACCUUUAAAUUAAAAAAAAUAAACAAAGGACAUCUAUUAGUUGUGGUAAUAAUGCUCAUUAUAUAUUGUUAGGGAAAAUGUACUCUAAGUCUGAAUGAUGAAGCUGUGGUCAGACAGGAGGAUUUCUGUUACCCCCCAAAAGUUGUACAAUUCUGCCUUUAAUUGCAGAAUAGCCAAAGUUACCUGUGAAAACCUGCACGUUGUUUUUGUAUGCAAACAUGUAAUACACAGAUCUCUGUGUAUUCUUUCAGGUACUGCAAACCGUGCACAUCAAAUAUCUGUAAACCAUAACAUCUAAGUAACAAAUCUACUCACAGUGAAAAGCAUCCACUGAAAAUUGGCUUUAAACAAGGGGAUUAUUUGGCAAGGACAUUUGCAUGUAGCAGUAGUUAAUGCAUGCAUUAAUGGGGAUAAUGGCAAUAGCCACAAUCAAGGAGUCUCUCUCUCUCUCUCUCUCUCUCUCUCUCUCUCUCUCUCUCUCUCUCUCUCUCUCUCUUUUUUAUAAAAUAUUACCUAUUGGUUCAUUAUUUACAUAAAAGAUUUUUCACUAACCUUCUAAAAUACACUGGCUUUACAGCAUGGUUUGCAAGUUUAAUAAAAUAUGGAAAUAUGGAAUACAAUUAUGUUGAGGGAGUUUUUCCAAAGGUCAAGAGUGUAGAUGUUAUACCUGGAAACUGCCUAGGAAGUUCCAAAGGUACGGACCUAUCACUGAAAAAAAGGUGAUUGCUGUUAGGAAAGGCUUAGCCUUGUUUACCAUUAGGAUAGAGAACAGAGCUUCGAUUGCAGAUCUCUCAGCCCCAUUCAGUCUACUCUUCUAAGAUGUUAAAACUAUAAAAGCUAAAAUCAGCACCUUAAAUCAGUCAAGAAACCCACAGCAAAGUAACUAAUUUAGAAUAAAUGUGACAUGAUCCAUAUACUACAGGUUUUCCACUAUAAGUAAAACCAACAUGAUUGGGGCAGUGGGAUAUUGACAUCAUGUUCCCCAGACAUUGGUAAAACAACUUCCAGGGGAUGGUUGCCCGUUUAUAAAGUAGCUGCUGUGGCAGGAAGUUACAGUAACAAAAUAGGAAAGGGACUAGGGAGCCUGUGUAGGGGGCAAACUGAUAAUAAAGUACUAUCAUUGCUCUCCAGUUUAUUUUUCAUUGCUAAAUGUGUAUGCCUAUUGCACGCAACCAACCAAAUUAUUUUCUAAAAGUAUGGAUGUUAUGUGGGACUGAAAGACAUUCAGACUUUUUUUAAAAAAAGGAAGAGGCUGGUACUUUGAAGCAUGCAAGCUUCCUGUUUAUUUAUAGAGAAAAUUAAAGAAAACACAAGCAGCCUGGAGGCACAAAGGAAAGCCUGCAUAGGUUUUGUUGUUGGUUGAAGUCUGAAUUUCAAGCUAUAGCCCUUAGCUCAUGGCCCAAGGAGGGGUGUUUUGUUUUUGUUUUUUUGUAUAAUAUUUGCAUGGGAGACAGGAAGAAGCCCCAGAGCUAGACUUUGAAAUUGAAAAAAAACAAAACUAAAUAUAUUCUGAGAAACUACUUUCAUAAUGUUGCCAAAAUGUUGUCAGGCUCAAAUAGAGGCUGUUAUUGUUAUUUUUUACUUUUGGAGAAAAUGCUUUCCAAGUUGGCAUGCCUGCUAUGAAAUCCUGAGGACUGAAAAAAUAUCCAGGAGUGUAUUUUGUAAUGCUAAUUCAAUUUAUGCUGGAUAUUGCUUAGGAAGCUGCCCUAUUCUGAAAUCAGAUCAUUGAUCCAUGAUUUCUAUACAUAUGGUUCGCAUUAUCAUCAAUGUAAGAGGUUGUCAGCUCUGCAAGGUAGUCCAGACCAGGAAAACAAACUCUUUAGUAUUAUAACUACAUUCUGGUUUAGGCUGAUUUUAUCAGAUCGUUAUCUAGACUCUAGUUCUUCCUCCUGUGUCUCAAGGUUAUUCUCAUAGCUAUACAGUAGACUUCAAGUUGCUGAGGUUGAGAAACAUUGAUCUAUUCUAUAGCAUGCUAUGUGCUGGUUGUGUAAUUCUGGGAAUUAAAGUUCAUACAUCUUAAAGUUACUAAGGUGAAAAACACUGGUCUACAGGUUCAAGCAAACUUUCAGAAACUCAGGAAGGUGACUUUCAAAGCCCAAAUUAAGAAGCCAAGGACUGAAUACAGCAUAAAUCAUAAAUUGCAGGGAGGCUGCUAUACUCUAAUUGAUGCAUUACAUGAACUUACAAGUUAGAAUAUAUUCAGGGAUUCCCUACAACUGUGUAUUACAGAUACGUAACAAAUGAUAAAUAAUUAUAAUUGUUUCAUUUUUAUAAAGAUUAUAAUGAGCUAUUUUUUUCUAUGGCAGAGUCCUAUCACAUUUGCAUAGGAAAAUGUCAUUUGCUUCCUACGAAUCCAGCCAUUGUGAUUUGAAGGUUUUCUGGCUUAAUUUGAUCAGCAAACCCAAUUUAUUGCUGUUUAUGUAACAGUUUGUGGUUAAACAAAUCACAACUCUGUAUAUAUUCCUUAAUAUUUAAUAAUAAUAGUAGAAGUAACGUUGAAAGGGAUCUUGGAGGUCAUCUAGUCCAACCCCCUGCUCAGGCAGGAAACCCUACAUCAUUUCGGACAAAUGGCUGUCCAGUCUCUUCUUAAAAACUUCCAGUGCUGGAGCAUUUACUGCUUCUGGAGGCAGGCUGUUCCACUGAUUAAUUGUUCUCACUGUCAGGAAGUUUCUCCUUAGUUCUAGGUUGCUAGGUUCUAGAACCAAUGAGAGACAGGCCUAGUCCAUCUGCAUAAUACCAUCCUGACUUUUAGCUAAGUUUUGUUUCUUAAUGAAACCUUAUAUAGUCUUUAAUAAGAGUCAUGUAACACAUGCAAAAGUUUUGGGUUCUACCUGCCUUGUUGCAUUAAAUUGUUUCAUGAUUGGGGGACUCAUGAACCAUCUUUACCAUCAGUUUUUUUCCAGCUGUAACAUGGGAAAGAGAAAUGCGCUUUAUAGAAUUAUUACAAAAAUUCUAUAAACUUCUAUACAACUAGACAGGCUUUUUGAACUAUUGGAAGUGUUGUAUAGCUUUUAAAUAUCUAUUAUUGGUGUGAUUAAUAUUUAAGAAUUGAUUUUAAUAUAAUUUAUUGAAUGAGUUGCAAACAUCCCCUCUCCCACCCAUCCCCAAUCCCACUCCCCUCUUUCCUGCAAUAAACCAUCCCUAGAUUAUCUCAUUCUUCUUUGGGCUUGCCAAUUUGUCUAUCAAUGCCUUUUUCCCAACUAUAUUCAUAUAUCAGUUCACAGAGUUUUAUCUUUAAUUAAGAAGUCAGGUGUGGUGGAGGAGAUAUUGGUUUGUUUUUCUUUCUUUUUUAAAAGCUGUCCUUGCCCUAUGUCUCUGUGGAUUUUAUUAGAGACUUGGACAUGGCAUGAAACAAAUCAGGUAAGAUACAUUUGUACUGACAGUCCUCAAUUUACCAUUUGUUUAUCAACCAUUCAAAGUUACAACACUGAAAAAAGUGUGUUACAACUGGUCCUUACACUUACCAUUGCUUCAACAUCCCCACGGUCAGGUGAUUGUGAUUUGGGCACCUGGCAAAUGUUGCACAUUUUGUAACAGAUAGUUGCUGUGAUUGCCAUUUGUGACCUUCCUAACUGGCUUCUGACAAGCAAAGUCAAUAGGAAAGCUGGCAGGGAAAGUCAUAAUUAUGUGACGCUUAACAAUACAACAAAAAAAGGUUUGAAAAUUGGGUUUGGUCAUGUGGUACCUCAUUUAACAGCCACAUUGCUUAAUAAUGUGAACUGUUAAAUGAGAGAGCCGAGGUGGCGCAGCAGUUAGAGUGCAGUACUGCAAGCCACUUUAGCUGACUGUGUUCAGCAGGUCAGCAGUUCAAAUCUCACCGGCUC